AUGAAAACGUGCCCUUCGGAUAACACUGCUGACGUAGAUCAAUCCUCUUUCUGGAGCUCUGGCUCUUUGCAUUGGGAUUCUCAUCGUAUUGGAUGGGCAAUCGCUGGUGCAUGCACUGUUGCUACCUUGGUUAUCUCUGUUCUCUCCGUUUUAUCACAUUGUCGAAGCUAUACCAACCCAAAGCACCAGCGCCAAAUAAUCAGAAUUCUAUAUAUGCCCCCGGUUUAUGCAGUCAUAUCCUUUUUGUCAUAUCGCUUUUUCAGGGACUAUACGUAUUAUUCUUUCGUCGAAGUCGUUUACGAGGCCGUCACACUCAGUGCUUUUUUGCUUCUCUUAAUAGAAUUUGUCGCCGACAAGUCUUCUGUGCAAAACAACGUCAUGGUAGGAAAGGAAAAGAAAAAUCUUUUGUUCCCGUUUUGCUUUUGGAGGUAUCGUCCUACAAAACCUUAUUUUAUGCACACUAUCAAGUGGUCUGUAUUGCAAUAUGUUAUUGUCCGACCAGCCAUCUCUGUGAUUGGAAUGAUUUGUCAGGCCAAAGGAGUUCUAUGUGAAUCCGAAGGGUUCAAUAGUCACUUCGCCAACGUUUAUUUGGAGGUGGUCGAUCUUGCCAGCAUCAGUGUCGCCCUUUAUGGUCUACUCCUAUUUUAUGCUUUGACGAAAGACGAUUUGGUUGGGAAGAAACCGCUAGCCAAAUUCCUAUGCAUCAAACUGAUUGUUAUGUUCACAUGGUAUCAAUCGUUUGUGUUUAGUGCGUUGCAGAACAGAGUUAUACACGGAACCAAUUUUUGGACUUCGACUAAUAUUGCAAAUGGGCUGAAUGCUCUUGCUAUCUGCAUUGAGAUGAUUUUUUUUGCACUAUUUAUGUGGUGGGCCUACCCUUCCAGAGAAUAUAAGCAAUCGCUUGGUACUCGUGCAACCAGUAUAUGGCAACCGUUAUGGGAUAGUGUUAAUUAUUCCGAUUUCGCAAGGGAAAUCAUAUUUUCACUGAUGUACUUCAUUCAUUUGACCAAACACACGGCCUCAUAUUCGAUUCCUGCAAAAAGGCCCUCUUUCAACAGUGCCUUUUUGUUAGAUGGCCACAAAUCACCUAGUAUAGAAAGACCAUCCAUAAGUGGCCCUGCUUUAGAAGACCGCUCACUGGCCAAUUUACCUGAUGCGGAUCAUGUCUAA